GCGCUUAUUUCCGUGGACUGGUAAUAAGAGUGAAGGAAACCUUCAUACUCAACACUAGAAGAAAAGAAAAGAAAAGUAGGCAUUUGAUCAUGGCACGGUUAGCUGCACGAGCAAAUGUGAAGUCACUCUUCAAUGGUGAGGGAGUCCCAUCAUCAGGAUCCGGGUUGGACCCAAAAGACCCAUUGAGCUGCAUGUUCACUUUCUCAUCAUCGAUCAAACCCCAAAACCGCAGGCUCAGCUCAUUUGACUCCACUAGGCUUUACUCCUCCUCCAACUCUUCUUCCAACAAGACCAAGCGUCUCAAGGCCGAGGUUCGUUUGUUUUUCGGGGAUGAGGAGGAUGUUAAGGGUGACAACAAGGUUGGUGAGCAUGCCCAUCAUGGUGGUGGUGAUGAUGAUGAUGAGUUUGAGAGGGAUGAGCUGUCCUGUUUCAGAGGUCUGGUUUUGGAUAUCUCAUACAGGCCAAUUAAUGUGGUCUGCUGGAAACGUGCUAUUUGUUUGGAAUUCAUGGAUAAGGCGGAUGUCCUAGAAUACUAUGAUCAGACUGUUAAUUCCCCAAGUGGAUCCUUCUACAUACCGGCUGUUUUAAGGAUUCCCCAUUUACUGCAAGUUGUAAAGAGAAGAAGAAUUAAGUGCAAUCUUAGUCGUAAAAAUAUACUUUGUCGGGACAGUUUCACUUGUCAGUACUGUUCUUCACGUGAAAACUUGACUAUUGACCAUGUUAUACCAAUUGCACGAGGUGGAGAAUGGAAGUGGGAAAAUCUGGUUACUGCAUGUGCAAAAUGCAACUCGAAGAAAGGGCAGAAGACAUUGGAGGAAGCAUGUAUGAAGCUGAUGAAAAUUCCUAAGACUCCAAAAGACUAUGACAUACUUGCCAUACCCCUAACAAGUGCGGCAGUAAAGAUGCUGAAAAUGAGAAAGGGAACUCCAGAAGAGUGGCUCCAAUAUCUAUCGAAGCCUUCUUCAAUGCCAUGACAUCAAUAGAUUGUUAUCUUCCCUGUACAUAUGUGCUUGCUCAGUCUUGGUGCUUAAGUCUCCUAAAAGCACUUUAGCAUUCCAUUGAUGGCAUCACCUAAUGAAUAGUAAAACAUUUAUGUAUAGUAAUUGUAUGUUUGACUUUGUAUUAACAGCCAAUACACUUUUCGUGUAUGUAACUUUGCUACAUCUUGUUGAUGAAGGAAUUAAUUGGCAGAUAUUUGAUCCCUGUUUUUUU